UGAGGUGGAGAUUCAGCUCGCUUUGCUUUUUAACCAAAUUACCGAGACGUUUGUCAGUUCAGUGUUGAGCACAGAGACUGCAGCAGGACUGAACACUCUGCUCUGUAACACACCGAUACUCAACUUAGUCCAUUUUAACCGUAAUAACGUCCCUGUUCCAGUGUGAUCAUGUACCGGUACCUGGGAGAGCUCCUUACCCGGACUGGAGGCAGCGCUCUGGCCUCGGGACUCGGCGAUGCCUCUCUGCCGGCCUCGGCGUCUCUCAUGCGGCUGCGGCGCUACAGCGAAGCCGUGGGCAAAGAGGAAGACGACCCAAACUUUUUCCGCAUGGUGGAGGGUUUCUUCGACCGCGGCGCUGCUAUCGUCGAGGACAAACUCGUGGAAGACCUGAAGACCAGAGAGACACCCGAGCAGAAGAGGCACCGAGUCCGGGGGAUCCUGAAGAUCAUAAAGCCUUGUAACCACGUCCUGGCCGUGAAUUUCCCUCUGAAGCGAGACAACGGCGAGUGGGAGAUGAUCGAGGGCUACCGAGCCCAGCAUAGCCAGCACAGGACACCCUGUAAAGGAGGUAUCCGUUACAGCACAGAUGUGUGCGUCGAUGAAGUUAAAGCUUUAGCUUCGUUGAUGACGUACAAAUGUGCCGUCGUCGAUGUACCUUUUGGUGGAGCGAAAGCUGGGGUGAAGAUCAAUCCCAAGAAUUAUUCCGACAAUGAGCUGGAGAAAAUUACAAGACGUUUCACCAUUGAGCUGGCUAAGAAAGGAUUUAUUGGGCCAGGUAUUGAUGUUCCUGCUCCUGACAUGAGCACCGGCGAGAGGGAAAUGUCUUGGAUUGCUGACACGUAUGCCAACACCAUGGGUCACCAUGACAUCAACGCCCAUGCAUGUGUGACAGGGAAGCCCAUUAGCCAGGGCGGCAUCCAUGGGCGCAUCUCAGCCACCGGACGAGGAGUUUUCCACGGCAUCGAGAACUUUGCCAACGAAGCUGCCUUCAUGAGUCAGAUUGGUUUGACUCCAGGCGUUAGAGACAAGACCUUUGUUAUUCAGGGCUUUGGUAAUGUGGGACUGCACUCCAUGCGCUACAUGCACCGCUUUGGGGCGAAGUGUGUAGGAGUAGGGGAGUGGGACGGAAACAUCUGGAACCCUAACGGCAUCGACCCCAAGGAGCUGGAAGACUACAAGCUGGCAAACGGUACCAUUGUCGGCUUUCCUAAGGCUUCUCCCUACGAAGGCAGCAUCUUGGAGGCUGAAUGUGACAUUUUAAUUCCUGCUGCUAGUGAGAAGCAACUUACUAAGAUGAACGCCCGAAAGGUCAAGGCUAAGAUCGUUGCUGAGGGAGCCAACGGCCCCACCACCCCUGAAGCCGAUAAGAUAUUCCUUGAAAGGAAUAUUAUGGUGAUUCCUGACAUGUACCUGAACGCUGGUGGUGUGACUGUUUCCUACUUCGAGUGGCUGAAGAACCUGAACCAUGUCAGCUACGGCAGACUGACCUUCAAAUAUGAGCGAGACUCCAACUACCAUCUCCUCAUGUCUGUGCAGGAGAGUCUGGAGAGGAAGUUUGGAAAGCAUGGUGGCGCAAUCCCUGUGGUCCCAACCUCUGAAUUUCAGGCCAGGAUUUCUGGAGCGUCUGAGAAGGACAUCGUGCACUCUGGACUGGCCUACACCAUGGAGCGCUCUGCCAGGCAAAUUAUGCGCACAGCCAACAAGUACAACCUGGGGCUGGACCUGCGGACCGCGGCCUAUGUCAACGCCAUCGAGAAAGUCUUUAAAGUGUACCAUGAGGCUGGCCUCACUUUCACUUAGACACCCAAACGGAUCUGUCUGCAUGUCUGUCUGUCCAUCUCUACAGACACUCCGCAUCUUCACUGCCUCCUCCCCAUCCAAUAUUUUUCAGUUUACAUUUAACAUUCGUAUAUAAAAUGUUUGUAUCAAUAUGCCAUAUGUAUCCUAUGGCUUUAAGUUUCCUUCCCUCACAGCUUUUAUUCACUCCAUAGCACAAAAGCUCUGUUAUUCUUUCAACACCUACUGUAGUCAUGUCUGUCUACUCUGAGAGUAAUAUCUUGCCCGAAAAAUGCCAAAGAGGAUGUUAUUUAUACUGUAUAAUGCACAUUUUCUCUUAAUCCCUGCUGUGUUCUUUUCAGGGAAGUUAUAAGUCCAGCUCAACAAGUCAUAUGCAAAAAUCCGUCCAGCCUUAAUAUUGCACAUUGUACAGCAAUUUUUUUAAGGGACAUUUUCUCUUUAAACCUACCAAUGGCUUGCAAAGGUCAAUAAUGAAGGCAAUGCACGGAAAAUUAUCUCAGGCUUUUAUAUGUUAUCAAACCGCACAGAUGUGUAUUUAUCUGUUAUUGCACUUGGUUUAGGCUUUUAUUAUUAAAAAAUAUAUAUAUGGUGCUCUUUUUUUUGCCUAAUAUUCAACUGUUACUUUAUCGCCAAAUGCUUCCAUGGUGAAAGGUAUGAUUCGUGUCUUAAUGGUAAACAUGCAGAAUGUAUGCAUCUAGUAUAUAUAAAGGUAAGGGAUUGUGUUUGGGAACAAAUGGUUUAUUUUCUUAAAAAUAUGAGCAUUGAAUAUGAUACAAAGUGACUUUGGAUCUUUUUGGGAGGAGAGUUUUUAAAGCUUUGUUUAGAUAAAAUAUAAUAAAAUGUAUAGACGGUG